UUUAGUGGUCGAACAGACUGGGUUGUGCUCGACUAGUGAGUGAGGACCGCUUUUUCGGCUUUUCGGAAAAAAGUGGGAGCAAUGGGACCCACCUCCGUGCUUUCGUAGGAGCUGUCAUCAACCUUCUCUCCUGAAACGGGCUUGUGCGCCUGGCUCUCUCCAGGGUCUCCACCGCCGCGCACGGUUCCCGCGGCAUCCUGAGUUUUGUGCGUGUCUUACUCGGCUGAGAUUGAAGCCCGAGCCACCCUGCCAAGGGCUGGAGUGAAGGUCGGCGGAGCUCGUUGGACCGGCUUUUGUCGCUCGGUUUCACGGCCCCGCUCCGCCCACAGGGUCCCAUGGCGGCGCCGGCGCUGGCAUUGGUAUCAUUUGAAGACGUGGCCGUGACCUUUACUGGGGAGGAAUGGGGGCAGCUCGACCUGGCCCAGAAGACCCUGUACCAGGAGGUGAUGCUGGAGACCUGUAGACUCCUGGUCUCACUGGGGCAUCCUGUUCCCAAACCAGAGCUGAUCUACCUAUUGGAAUAUGGGCAGGAGCUGUGGAUGGUGAAGAGCAUUCUCUCCCAAAACACCUAUCCAGGUGAACAAACAAAACAUGAAACUGCAGAGCCUACUUCUUCUCAACCAACCUUCUGUGAGGAAGCCUCUUUCUGGAAAUGGCUGGCACAUGAAGCACCCAGAGAUUCUAGGUUGGGGCGAGCCAGGGAUCAGGAAGGGCCAUCAGAAAUGUGGGAUGGGAACUUGAGACCAGGAACAGAAUCACCCAAGGAAAUAUGCCCUGGGAAAUUGAGCCCUGAACAUGAUGAUUUGCGAAGAGAUGAUAGUCUGCGUUCAAAGGUUUUACAGGAGCCAAUCACCCCAGGAAAUGUUCUCCGUGAACAUGACUCCCAUGGACCAGGAAAAGACCUCAUGACUGAUGCAAGGAAUAACCACCCCUACAGAUGCAAGGAAUGCGGAAAAGGGUUUAGCAAGAAUUGGGCCCUUGUUCGGCAUCAACAGAUUCAUGCUGGAGUAAAGCCCUAUGAAUGCCAUGAGUGUGGGAAAGCCUCUCGUUAUAUGGCAGACUUCAUUCGACAUAUGAGAUUUCAUACUGGGGAGACACCAUACAAGUGUGUCGAGUGUGGGAAGGCCUUCAAACGCAGGUCUCACCUCACAGAGCACCAGCGUGUUCAUACUGGAGAGAAGCCCUAUGAGUGCAAAGAGUGUGGGAAAGCUUUCACCCAUCGGUCUUCUUUUAUCCGGCAUAAUAUGACCCACACUAGAGAAAAGCUGUUUUUGUGCAAAGAAUGUGGGAAAGCUUUUUCCUACAGCUCUUCCUUUGCGCAACACAUGAGGAUUCACACAGGAAAGAAACUCUAUGAGUGCAGUGAGUGUGGAAAGGCCUUUACCCAUCGUUCCACUUUUAUCCAGCAUAAUAUGACCCACACAGGAGAAAAACCCUUUAUUUGCAAGGAAUGUGGGAAAGCGUUUUGCCUCAGCUCAUCCUUCACUCAACACAUGAGAAUUCACACUGGAGAGAAGCCCUAUGAGUGCAGUGAAUGUGGAAAGGCCUUUACUCACCGCUCCACUUUUAUCCGGCAUAGUAGGACCCAUACUGGAGAGAAGCCCUUUGAGUGCAAAGAAUGUGGGAGGGCAUUUUGUGAUAGCUCCUCCUUAAUUCAGCACAUGAGGAUUCACACUGGAGAGAAGCCCUAUGAGUGCAGCAAAUGUGGGAAGACUUUUGCCCACCACUCUGUUUUUAUCCGGCAUAAUAGGACCCACAGUGGAGAAAAACCCUUGAAGUGCAAAGAAUGUGCAAAAGCCUUUUACUACAGCUCUUCUUUCACUCGACACAUGAGGAUUCACACAGGAGAGAAGCCCUAUGUGUGCAGAGAAUGUGGAAAGGCCUUCACCCAACUUGCAAAUUUUGUUCGACAUAAUAGGAUCCACACUGGAGAAAAACCCUUUGAGUGCAAAGAAUGUGAGAAGGCCUUUUGUGACAACUUUGCCUUAACUGAACACAUGAGAAGUCACACAGGAGAGAAGCCCUUUGAAUGCAGUAUAUGUGGAAAGGCCUUUAGCCACAGUUCAUCCUUCACUCACCACCGAAAGAUACACAGUGGACUUUAAAAGAUAUAGGAAGGCUUUUUGCAAGUGUGUUUAUUUCAGUCAACUUGAGUGAACUCAUAUUGGUGAAAUACUUUUUGAAAUAACUAUUAAGGAAAAUCUUUUGGUCAGAAAAAUAAAUAUCUUACUUAGUAUCUAAGAAUUCAUCCUAAGGAGAAACAUAAUUGCCAUCCCUAUGAAAAAGCCUUUUGUGACAGGUUGUCACUUGUCAUCUAAAGAGUCAUAUUAGAAAUUGACCCAGCCUAGAGCUUUAUGCUACACCUGAGAAUCAUCCAGGAGAUACCCUGUGGUUAUUAUGCAUGUAGGAAAACUUUUAGCGACAACUCUCCCCUUAGUGGAGGAGGAGGAAACAUGGAAGACAAAGGUUUCCUGGAAGAAGUACACAUGGCUUCUUUCAAACUUCCCUGCCAAGCCUUGAGGGGGUUUGGGGUAUGAGAGCUAAAAUGUAUUUUACU